AUGAACGAUCAACGAGACGUUAGAGAUAAUCAAUUAGACGGAGCACAUAAUACAAACGUCUGUCUCUUCCCUCCGCUGGGACAGGACGCUAGUAUCCAACCAAAUACUUCUCUUAUGAUUUUUACAGAAGAUGUAGAUCAUGAUCACGAUUACGAUUCCCAUGGAUUACACCACUCACACCAAGAUUCCCAAAGCGUGUCUCCACACACGAUCAAGAGCGGAACAGACCCAGAUUUUCUUUGGGAUAAUGUCAAGACAUUCUCAAUUCCUCAUGAAUCAGACCAAGACUACACUAACAGCUCUCCUAAUGAAAUGCCUAAAAACGAUUUUUACGAGACACGUCCCCAGACAGAUUUUGACCGGGCGUCUCGUGUGCCUGGAUCAGUACCAGUAGUGGUUGACUCAACAAGCUUUAAUAUUUCUUGGGGAGGAAACGACACACCUCCUGUUGAUCUCCAUCCACAAGAAGAACCUGAGACAGUUGUUUCGACAAGACCAUUACCCAAACCACGCGGUAUUCGAAAACUGCCUGAACCAGAACCUGGAGAAGAUGGCAUGUUGGACGAAGACACACUUAAACGUAGAAAGAAUGCAUCAGCGGCACGGAGAUCAAGGAUGAAGAAGUUAUUAAAGAUUGAACACCUCGAGCAUCGAGUGAACCAGCUUCAGGCAGAGAAUGCAAAAUUGGUAUUGAGUAAUGCCUUGUUGGAGUCAGAUAAGCGGAGUAUGUGCGCCAAAGAAGCCGAAUAUAAGAAGCGGAUAAAAUAUUAUGAAGAUCUUACAAAGAUGCACGGUGGACAAUUGAGUAACAGUCCAAACGGUGGACAAGAACAAACUCAAUAA